AACUCAAAAACUAAAUCACUCCAAUUUACCGACAAACAAGUAAUUACAACAAUUUAAGGCGUGCUCCGCUUCACUGAAGCCAAUCGAAAUUCGUUCCACGGGCUGGUGGGCGGAGCUUACUCAUUGAGGCUUAGGGGUUAAUAGGAGACAAAUGGUUUCUCUUGCAUGUCGCCGAUAGGUUCAUUCAUAUGAUAUCAAUUCGACUGGCUACAACUAAGAUAAUUGUCACUUCGAAUUAUCAUAACUUAUUGAUAAAAGUGUGGGUUUUAUAAAUACCGAGACGUUUUCCAAAAUACCAAAACACGUGGAGACCACAGGACUUCCAGCAAUAUUCCUUUAACUUAUGGAAACUUUGAAAUGAUUUCAUGAUCUUGUGAGACUCUAGAUGGAUGAAAACAAAGUUUACGAAGUCUGGACCACAUUGAAAAAAAGAAUUGUUUGAUUUUUCAUUUUAUAUUCGAAGGAUAUAUUAUUUCUGUGAAGAUUUUAACGGACAAGGUACCUAACAAUAUAUAGCAGUGACAUCACCAAAUAAUUGAAGAGGUGUCUGAUUUAAAUAAUGAAUCGACUGGACCUAUUAUCACUUUUAUUGGGAGUUUAUGUAUUAUUGCACCUCACCUCUCUUGCCGACAGUAUCAAAUGGCUUUCGUUAGCCGUGUCUUCGGGCGCUGCUGCAUCUGUUAGCGCCGCCAAUUAUUGUGACUCUCUGGUUGGGUUAGUCAAAAGACAGAGAAGAAUCUGUAAAAAGAAUUUAGAAGUUAUGGAAAGCGUGAAACUAGGCGCUCAUGAAGCCAUAGAAGAAUGUCAGUACCAGUUCAAGAAUAGACGCUGGAAUUGUAGCAUGGUGGAUCCCAAAUCACUAUUUGGGAAUGUGUUAAAAUUAGGAACAAGGGAAGCAUCUUUUGUUCACGCAAUAUCAGCAGCGGGCGUGGCUCAUGCUGUAACCAGGGCGUGUUCGAGUGGAAAACUCAACAAGUGUGGUUGUGACAGAACUGUGAGAGGACCGAGUAAAGACGGGUUCGAAUGGUCUGGUUGUUCAGACAAUAUUGCGUAUGGGAUUGCAUUUUCUAAGACAUUUGUCGACGCUAGAGAAAAGAAGUCAAAGAAAAGUGGCAAAAAUGCAGGGAGAAGAUUAAUGAAUUUACACAACAAUGAAGCCGGUCGCUUGGCUAUUGAACAGAAUAUGAAAGUAGAAUGUAAGUGCCACGGCGUGUCGGGGUCAUGUGAGCUGCGGACUUGUUGGCGGGCAAUGGCACCCUUCAGGGAAAUAGGGGGGAUAAUUAAAGAGAAGUUCGACGGAGCGACGGAAGUGAAGGCUGUAAUGACAAAAAAUCAUCCAAGGCUUGUGCCUACAAAUCCACAGUUUAAGCCACAUACUAAGUACGAUUUAGUGUAUCUUGUAGCAUCUCCCGACUUUUGUGAAGCCGAUCCGAAAACAGGUUCGUUUGGAACCAAAGGUCGUGUGUGUAAUAAGACAUCGAAAGCCAUUGAUGGCUGUGAACUGAUGUGUUGUGGAAGAGGAUAUGAAACGCGCAGGCGUAAAGUAGUGGACAGGUGUUUCUGUAAAUUCCAUUGGUGUUGCUUCGUCACGUGUCAGGAAUGUGAGAGAGAAAUUGAAGAGCAUACUUGUAAAUGAAAAAGAAAAAAAUAAUAUCUACUUAUAGACUAAUGUGAAAUCCCCGUCUAGAUAUUAAACUGAAAUCCCGCCAAAAGACUCUUUUUAAUCAAGAGAUAUGAAUGGCAGCCUCUGUAAAUUGUCGCUAUGAUGACAAAAUUCUCUAUGCAAGAGAAAAGCACAAAAAUACGAAGUAAUCUCUCAGUAACUACCAUCCUUAUCAAGAGAAGCAGAAUUGCAAUAAACUCAAAGGAAAUGGUUCAAAUGGUCCAAAUCCGAAACAGUGCAUUGGUCCAAAUCCGAAACAGUGCAUUGCUCCAAAUCUGUGCACCAGUAAUGCAGACAUCAUCACAAAUCAGUGCUGUAAGUGUAGACAUACAGGGGGUAACAAUACUCAUAAGACAUCUUGAAGACAUAAUGAUAUUGUGAUCAUGUGAUAUAUAAAUCAUGUAUCUGAUAUAUUCCUUUUCCGAUACCUCAUGUCAUUAUCAUUUGAUACACAUUUUAUGACUUCAUACUGUUCAUAUCUAUUCCAUAUAACCAUUUUACUAUAGAUUAGUUAUUAUUUAUGAAUUCCUAAAGCGUACCCAAAUACAUGUGCCCCCUGUUUAAGAAAGUGCUACUAUCGUUUAAUUUUUGCCUGUCUUGCCUUGUUUUAACCCCCCCCCCCAAGUUCCCCCACCCCCCACCCCAGGAAAAAAUGAUUUCCAAAAAUACUCUUGUUCUGGCUAAUACAACUUAAAUUCCCAAUUUUAAUCCACAUUAUUUCUCGCAUACAAUUGUUAUUUUCGUAACGUUAUUUAUUUAUAUGAAUCAAAAUUAUUUUCAUUGUUGAUAUUGUAAAUAAAAGGUACAGAUACGUGUGUACGAUAUAUGUAAAAUGCAAUACAAACCAAAUUGUGAUAUUAGUGUUUAUAUGUCUCAUGAAUGAGUGAACAAAAUUA